AUUUUCUCAAAGAGAACAACAACGACACUUUCUAGCUUUUGCACAGAAAAGCUCAUCUCAUAGUGGCUAACACACUCCCUCUACAAUGGCCAUUCAAACACCAAAGCAACGUCUCGCGAACGAGAAGUUCUACAAGAAGCAUGAGAAGCAGAUGGGAAAGCCAAAGCCAAAGACCAAGAAGGAAUCACCAGUUUCCACGGGCUGGAUCAUUCUUCUGGCAUUUUUGAUCGGUGGUGGUGCUGUCUUGGAAAUCAUAAGAAUAUUCUUCUAAUAGACCUUUCUAAUCAUAUAUAUCCAUAAUACAUCUCUAAUAUUGAAACAGCAC